UCCUCCAAUCUUUACUUCGCUUAAAAGAGAACAGACAAAGAAACAAGGAAAACAUCUCUCUCUCUCUCUCUCUCUCUAGGAUGGGCAGGCCACCUUGCUGUGAGAAGGUGGGAUUGAAGAAAGGGCCAUGGACACCUCAAGAAGACCACAAGCUUUUGGCUUACAUUGAACAAUACGGUCCCGGAAGCUGGAGUGCUCUCCCCGCAGAAGCUGGCCUCCAGAGAUGCGGAAAGAGUUGCAGAUUGAGGUGGAAGAAUUACCUCAGACCUGAUAUCAAGAGAGGCAAGUUCAGUUUGCAGGAAGAACAAACCAUCAUCCAACUCCACGCUCUUCUCGGAAACAGAUGGUCAAUCAUAGCAGCUCACUUAUCGAAGAGAACCGAUAACGACAUCAAGAACCACUGGAACACACACCUCAAAAAGAGGUUAACCAAGAUGGGAAUUGAUCCAGUGACUCACAAGCAGAAGAGCCAUGCCCUCAGCCCUGACCAGUUGAAGGACGCCGCCAACCUCAAACACAUGGCUCAGUGGGAGGGUGCACGACUUGAAGCCGAAGCCCGACUCAUUCGGGAGCCCAAGCUACAAGUCCCCAACCCUUUUCAAACACAACUCGACUCCUUGGGUUCAGCUGAACUCGUUUACGAAGCGACAACUACUGGACCACUGCCGCCUCUGCCUCUUCAACCAAUUUGUUUGGAUGUUCUAACAGCUUGGAAGGGAUCAUGGCUAAAAGCACCAAAAUAUAAUGACUUUGCGGUCCGUACCUUUGCGGCCACUAGCAGUUCUCUUGACUUUCUUACAUCCUCAUUAGACUUCUCAAAAAAAGGUGAAGCCUGCAUGAUUAUGAAAGCAGGGGCUGACUUGGAAAUUCCAACAAAUGAUUUUCAGGAUCCAAAGGAAAGAAUGGACAUUGAACUAUUGCAGCUUCAGGGCUUGGGAUGUUCCACAGAUGAUGACUUCAUGGCUACUGGAAAUGAAACAAUCCUGCUUCCAAAUUUUAUGGAAGCAGGGUUUGGUGAUAUGUUGUUCGACAAUUCUAAUCAACUAUACCCGUCCAUCACAGGCGGAAACUCAGGUAUUGUCGCCGGAACUUGCUGCAGCAAUCUCGAAGAGAACAAGAAUUACUGGAACAGCAUCGUGAAUCUGGUGAACUGUUCGCCAUCAGGUUCACCGGUGUUUUGAACGUGAUGGGAUUCAACGUAC